CCUGUUUGCUCCCAUCUUUUUAAUAGUUCCAGUCUUCAUUUUUUGGAGCCAAACCCUAAAAAAUCAGAUAAAUAACCACCAAAAUUAAAAAAAAAAAAUUCUAUGGUUAUAAGCUGAUUAUGUUGGUGGAGCUGAUUUGAGUUCCUUAUUUGAAAUCAAGAAAUACCCAUAGCCAUUCUUUCAGCUCCCAUUUCCGUAUUAUUUAGCAACUCAAGUUCUUUUUCAGGAUCUUGUAUCAGAAUAAAGCAGUUAUUCACAUGCCUAGUUCCUUCACAAUGAGCAAUUGCAACAUGACUAAAUUUUGUGCCCUUCAGCAUAAAGCUUUGGUUCCCUUGUCCAUGAGCAGAAGGUGGAGAAAUGGAUGUCAAAGAACUCUUUCCACCAACAUUGUAACACAUAUCCUUCCAAACACCCAACUUAUUGUCCGUUCCCCAUCAUCAAUAGUGCUUGCUGUCAACCUCACCCCAUUUGAUGCACCUCAACGCUCAGAUGAAUGGUUUGCCCUUCGGAGGAACAAGUUGACCACAAGCACCUUCAGCACUGCUUUGGGUUUUUGGAAAGGAAAACGCCGGUCUGAACUCUGGCAUGAAAAAGUAUUUGCAUCAGAAACUCAGGUUUUGGAAUCUUCUAAAAAGUGUGCUCUGGAGUGGGGUGUACUCAAUGAAGCAGCAGCUAUUGAGCGGUACAGAAGUAUCACAGGCCGUGAGGUUAGCUCAUUAGGAUUUGCUAUCCAUUCGAAAGAGCAAUUUGAUUGGCUUGGGGCAUCCCCAGAUGGUCUUCUUGGUUGCUUUCCAGGAGGUGGCAUCCUGGAAGUGAAGUGUCCAUACAACAAAGGCAAACCUGAGACUGCUCUGCCAUGGUCCACUAUGCCAUUCUAUUAUAUGCCUCAGGUUCAGGGUCAAAUGGAGAUAAUGGACCGAGAAUGGGUUGAUCUAUAUUGCUGGACACCAAAUGGAAGCACAAUAUUUCGCGUGCAUAGAGAACGCAGUUAUUGGGAUCUUAUACAUGGCAUUUUACGGGAAUUUUGGUGGGGAAAUGUAAUACCUGCUAGGGAGGCCCUAUCGUUAGGUAAGGAAGAGGAUGCUAAGACAUAUGAGCCUGAAUCCACACACAAGCUGACAGGGCUUGCAAUUUCUAAGAGCAUAAAGUUAGCUAGUGAAGCAAAGAUGUUAUGUAGGGAGAUUGCGGGUCAUAUUGAAUUUUAUAGAUGAUCCUAAGUUAAAGUUGGAGCAUCUCAUUUGCCACUGCCCAUUUUGACAUAAUUGCUAUUGAUUUUUCCCCAUGUAUUGUUGUAUUUGUUGAACAGCAUUCUAGUGGCAAUUGUAUACUUACAAUUCUAUUGAACCAUGAUUCCUCAUAGAUGGUAAAUGGUUUAGUUCUUAUUAACAUGUGGUGCACAACUGUUCGAAGUUUGGCUCAUUGCAACACAUUCAAGAUUUGUAGAAAUAGGCAAGUGUUAU